UAAUCAAUGAUUAUGUCUUUGGCUGCAGGAAGAUUUCUUUGGAUGAUACAUCGAAGAAGGGAGCGAUGGAUCUGAGGCUUCUCCACGGUGUUGCAUAUGGUCGACCAUGGUUUGGGAAAUGGGAUUAUAUGUUUUCUCAUGGAAGCUUUGGGGUCAGAAAAGAUCAGUAUUGGCGAGCUAUUCUCACUCUUAGCUCUAUAGAAGUUGACAAUAUUAUUGAAGACUUUUCUGGAACAAGUAAAGGGAGAGUUAUGAAGACGAUCAUCGAUUUCUACAGAGGAUCCAGUGAAACCCCAUUGGCCACUCUCUCUGAUUUGCUUCGGUUCAUGCUUGGUUUCAGAUCAAAAGCUCCCAUUCAGACAAAGACUGCAAUGGCACUAGUAGCAAUGUCUUUAGAUUCUGGUUCAUAUCCUAUUCUUAGAGCUGAUGAGAACACUGAGGUCUGCACAUCCCCUCAUCAGGAAUCAGAUGAUAAUGGAUAUGAAUCUGGCAGAGACACUGUCCUUGAUGAUCAUAAUACUACAGUGGCGGGCAUAAAAACCCCUCAGUAUUACUCAUUUGACGAUUUGGGCAGGAGAGAACAUUCUAGAUGGCCUGGAAGGAGGUUGAAUGAGGCAGCCCAAGCGGUUCUCAAAGUGUUUAAAGAGCAAAAAAGUACCAUAACUCGUCAAGAGCUUCGGGAGGCUGUUAGAAUUAGCAUUGGUGAUACAGGAUUGAUUGAUUUCUUGCUCAAACACAUUGACAAAGUUCUAAUAGGUGACCAGAUAGUGCAGAGGUUCACAAGCCAGAAAAGCCGGAUGUUACAGUUCUCCCUGCGGACAAUCAAUUCCUGUGUUCAAGAGCAAGAACGGAAAAAGAAAAGGAAACUGAAACCGCAGGAAAUCAAUGAAUGGACAUCCACCACUCCCGGACUGAGUCCGUACGAUGACAUUCUCUAUCUGUAUAAGAAUCUCUUGUUAACGUAUCCUGAUUCAGACAUAUACAGCGAAGCGUCUCAGGUUAUCUUGAACUGCAAGAGCUUUAUAAAAGAAUGGUCUUACCAGGAACCAAACCCAUUAACAGUUAGCUGCCAAGUUCUGCCCAGUCACGAAGAACUGCUCAGGGACGUCACCCGGUUAUUACCGCCUGGUGAACUCGUGGUGUUGGAGAUAAGAAACAGGUUUCUGGAGAAGCUAGACGACAACUUGGGUCUAAAAUCACAAGGGAAUACAGAGUUUCUGGUGAAAGGGUUUGGUCUGGACAUAGGCACAGAGUUAAGGUAUGAAGGUGGUUUUGAUGAUUGGACCGUUGACUGUAAAUGCGGAGCUAGAGAUGAUGAUGGUGAGAGAAUGGUAGCUUGUGAUUCUUGCAAGGUUUGGCACCACACACUCUGCAAUUCCAUCGAAGAUGAUGAAGUUGUGCCCUCUGUGUUUCUCUGUAACAGGUGUUAUGGAGAUAGCUUGAGAUCCAAGAAAUGCAACCUCAGCAUUCGCUAGCGCUAGCUUGCACAGAAAGUCAGCUUGUGUUGCAGGAGAUUAUCCAUUAUUAUGGUCAAAAGUUACCAACCAUAGCCAUAGACCGAAUUUUAAGAUUAAGACUUUUUGGCUUAAACAAAUUAUCUGCAUCAAUAUAUGUUCAUGUAAAUC